CCAACUGUUGAUGUUCCAUUUCAACAUUCUCCUCGUACAGAUGUGAGCGAUGAACCGACUUCAUCCCUCCAACAGACACCAACUGUUGAUGUUCUAUCGCAACAUUCUCCAGAUUCAGAAGUGAGCGAUAAAAAGACUUCAUCCCUCCAACAGGUUCAUCAUCUGUCAGUUAAUGAUGGGGUAAUUCCUGAUGGAGACUCUUCCAGCUUUAGUGACGAGAUACCGGAUCUUGAAUACUCAGACAAUACCGAUUGUGACGAUAAAACCUAUGUUCCAGACUCAAGAGGCAGUUCUUCAGAUUCAAGUGUUUGCAGCAGUGAUCUAGGAGUCACACCAGGUCUCUACCAAAAUAUUUUAAAGGACACCAUCAAAUCAUUUGGUUUAGUCAAAACAGAGAGUGAAAUCACCAUUUCAAGCAAACCUGGAAGUUUCAGUUCAUCAUUAGCAAGCAGUGGUCCUAGUGCUUUUGAAACAGUUUGUUGCGCUGAUUCUUCAAAGACCACUUCAAAAAAUAUCAGCUCCAUAAAAGUUUUACCAUUUCUCAAAACAGACAAGCAAAGCAAGUACAACAAGAAACAAUACUGUCUGUAUUGUAAUAAGUCUCUCUCUAAAUUGGCAAGGCACCUCCAAGUGGCACACAGGGACCAACCUGAUGUUGCAAGGGCUUUUAGUCAUGGUAAAAAAUCUACCAAAAGAAGGGAGUUAUUACAGAGUUUGAAGAAGAGGGGAAACUUUCAACAUAACGCUUCUGUGGCAAGCACAGGAUCCGGAGAGUUAGUCGCUUGUCGAAGACCCACUGCAGCUAAACCUCCUGAUCAGUAUGGUCACUGCAAGUAUUGUCAAGGACUGUAUGCAAAAGAAUGCCUCUGGAGACAUGUGCCAAGGUGCCCUCAGAAGUCUUUUGAGGCAGGGUCUCAUGGGCAAAGGCAAAACCAGCUGGACUUACCAAAACCUGUUGAAAUCCAUGAUGCUGUUUGGAAAAUUGCCUGUGAAAUGAACCAGGAUGACAUUUCUCUGGUUGUAAAAAGUGAAGGAGAUAUUCUUCGCCUUGGUGAAUCGCUGUACAAUGCCAGGAAACCACAUGAGAGAAGGAAUGAUUAUAUCCGCCAAAAGAUGAGAGAAAUUGCAAGACUUUUAUUAAUGGCAAGGGCUACAACAUCUUUGAGGACCACAGAAGAUCUCGUUAUGCCCAAGAACUUUCUCAUUGUGAUAGAAGCAGUUAGAGCUGUUGCUGGUUAUGAUGUAGAAAGCAACACUUAUAAAACACCAUCAUUGGCUCUAAAACUCGGGCACAGUUUGGCUAAAGUUGCAGGCAUUGUGCAAUGCAAUUCCAUAAUUGCAAAUCGUUCUGAUGUUGCAGAGUCAGCCAAGCAAUUUGCUAUUCUGUAUGAAAAAAAGUGGGCGGAGUCCAUUUCUGCUGCUGCGCUGGGCACACUUAACCAACGCAAAUGGAAUAAACCACAAGUUCUCCCGUUUACAGAAGACGUGUCACGGCUGCACAAGUUUCUUGGCUUCAAAAUUGCUAAAUGCAUGAAGGCUCUGGAGGAAAACCCCAACAGAACAAACUUUGGAUGUCUUGCCAAAGUGACAUUGACGCAGGUAGUGCUUUUCAACAGAAAAAGACAGGGAGAAGUUUCCAAAAUGGAGUUGCAGUCUUUCACAUCCCGAAAUCGCACACAGUUGAAUCCCGACAUUAUGAUGUGCCUUUCUGAGUUUGAGAAAAAACUUGCGAAGCACUUCGACAGAGUAGAGAUACGUGGCAAACGAUCUAGAAUGGUGCCGGUGCUCCUUACACCGGAAAUGAUUGCUGCUAUGGAUCUCCUGCACAAAAGCAGAAAGGAAUGUGGCGUUCACUCAGAGAAUAUAUACCUAUUCGCAAGGCCAGGUGUCCGCUCCUCAUACAGAGGUUCGGACUGCCUACGCAAGUAUGCACAUGAGUGUGGUGCAAUGAACCCAGAGGCACUUACAUCCACAAAAUUACGGAAACAAGUUGCUACUCUGUCAACAUUGUUAAAUCUCAAAGACAAUGAAAUGGACCAACUAGCGUCCUUUCUUGGACACGACAUCCGUGUACACAGGGAGUUUUACAGGCUUCCAGAGAGUACCCUGCAACUCGCAAAAGUAAGCAAAUUGCUAAUAGCAAUGGAAAAAGGAAAACUAUCGGACUUGCAAGGAAGAGGACUCGAGGACAUUGAGAUAAAUCCUGAUGAGGAAGUUGCCAUGACUGAUGAUGAUUCUGAAGAAGAUACAGCUGACCUAAAAGAAAAAGGCACAAGAACUGAGUCCCUUGGGGAACCACCGUGCACACCUAAUCAAAACACCUUAAAUAACAUGGAGGACACUUCUGACUCUGUUGUGCUGGAUGGCAAAACCAUUAGCAGCACUCCGCCAAGAAAUGAUUCACAGCAGGACACCGCGGUGGAAGUGGGUUUUUCUCAAGCUUCUUCAACGUGCUCCACUCAAAAGCGAGAUUCACAGCAGGACAAAGCGCUGAAAGUAGGUAUUUCUCAAGCUUCUUCAACACGCUCCACUCAAAAGCGAGCUGCAAAGGUGAGAAGCAAGUGGACAGGUGAAGAAGUGGAAGCAGUUGAACGACACAUGUUGCAUUUUAUAACUGGCAACAAAGUGCCAGGUAAAAAAGAUUGUGAAGCCUGCCUCCAGAAAGAACCAGUAGCUCUACAAGACAGAGAUUGGUUUGGCAUAAAGUACUACAUCCAUAACAGAGUCAUAUCAAAAAAAAGAAAAAUGUUGAAGUAAAACAAAGAAACAUUUUUGUUUUUCCACAUGUUCUGUGGUAGUUUGAAUAUGUU